CACUUCCUGUCGCCAGGCUCGCUCUCCGCUCGUCAUUUCAAUGGCAGGAGCGGAGCUCCGUCACUCCGGCCAUGUUUGUAGCGUGGAGACGUAAAGGUUAGCCGAGGGAGGUUGGCUCUUGCUGCAGCACCGGCCGGCCCGUCGGUCAUCCGUUUGGAGCGAAUAGGCCGGCUUCCAGGGGAAUCGGGAGCGGCUGCAGCAUCGCCCUGCGCUCUUGUGGGAGGCACCCAACGGGGCCGGCUGGGCCAAAACAAUGUGAGUCAUCAGACAAAAGCGGAGCUGCUUCGGGAGAUCCCGAACUGAAGAGAUGGAAGCCAGCAACCAUUUUAGUUUUGCUUCACACAACUCAACUUUGGCUGUCUCAGGGAUUAAACACUCCAUGGGAGAGACGCUCUACACCAACGGGUCUGCAGCAGGCUUCACACAACAGAGCAAAAGCCUGAAUGGGGACCUGAAUGUCAAUGGGAUCAGUACUGUAGUCUGCAGCAGUGCUUCUCCAUCCACACCUGUGGCCUCCUACCCGUUGAUGAACUCUGAUAUGGCCUAUGAUGUGCUGUUCACCCAGAGCCAGUUCUCUCAGGAGGAUUCUGGGGCUUCAGCGCCCGAUGUUAAACAAUGCCAUUUAAAUGGAGAUGCCGACCACCAGCCUCCAACGAGCUCCCCUAGCGUCACACAUGAACUUGGAGGGCAGCUUCAGGUUUGGAGUGGCGCUGACCAGCCACAGAACACCCUUGGUUACAACUCCAGCUCUUCACACGAGUCCUACCAGAGCCAGCUACGACCACCCCCCCAGCAACUGCACCCUGGCCCAGUGACUAAUGGCAUUCCUGCUUUUAGCAAAUUACACACUCCGCCUCCGAAGGUCAGCCGCUCACCUCGGGACACUUUUACCUCCGAGCUCACAGAAGCUGAACCCACCUCUCCAUUCAGCUGCCCCGUCAGCGGAGGGCUGCAGACUGGUCCACCGACAAACUCAGGAGUUCUUCCCAGUGACACAGGUCCAAUGGAGGAUGUCUGUCAGGAGUCUGACACUGAUGUUAAUUUGGCACAAGAAGAAGAAGAAGAAGGAGAGGAAGAGGAGAUACUGACACCUCCGUUGGACUCUGGGGACUUUGCGGUUUCUUGUGAAGGUAAGCGAGAAGCGGCGGAGUCGCCACUCUCUGGUGACCAGGAGGUUGAGAGUGUGGCCACACGGGUUCUACUAGAAAAUCAGAGCAGCCCACCACAAAGCCCCCCCUGCAUUCAGCAGAUGGACAAGAACAGUGACAUCUCUGAAGGAAAUGUAGCUCAGGAAACAGACUGUUCCCCUUCUCUCAGUGAUCUCCACUUGGAGUCAUUUGGUGAGAGUGAGGAGAGGAAGAAGGAAAAUGAUGAAGAGAAGGAGACAGCUAGCUUGAACACUGAAGCGCCAUCUUCCUGCUGCUCACCUGAGAGUGAGCCCUCCAGAACAGAGGAAGAGUUGGGGGAGGAGUUAGAGGAGCAGGAGGAAAAGGCCACCGAUGAAAGCACUGAAAAACUGUCACUUUGCCCGUCACCUCAGUCUGAGCCCAGCGAAAAGGAGGAGGAGGAGGAGGAGGAAGACCAGAUAGAUAAAGCCACUAAUGAAAGCGCUGUUGAGGAGCACUUGGCAUGCUGCUCACCCGGGCCUGCUCCAACAGAUGAAGAGGAGGCUGCCUGUCGAACAGCUGGCGAGCACACCCCAAGGAGAAGGAUUGCCACGGAAAUGCAGGUCCGCUUCCCUCUGUUGCACGGCUGGAAGAGGGAGAUCAGGAUCCGGAAGAAUAGCACCCGGCUGAAGGGAGAGACUUGGUAUUAUGCCCCGUGCGGCAAGAGAAUGAAGCAGUUCCCAGAAGUCAUUAAGUACCUCAGCCGACACCAGACACUGCCAGUCAGUAGGGAGCAUUUCAGCUUCAGCCCCCGCAUGCCAGUUGGAGAUUUUUAUGAGGAGCGGGAGACCCCCAAGGGACUCCAGUGGUUCAUGCUGGCUAAUGAGGAGAUUCCUUCCAUGAUCUUGGCAAUCACUGGCAAGCGAGGACGCCCCCGAAAUCCAGACAAGGAGAAGCCCAAAGCGCGGUCAAGACCCAAAGGGCGCCAAGGCCCAGGGAGGCCACCCAAGUCUGGAACCAUAGGGUUGCUCAGCAAAGCUGAUGCUAGACUGUUCAAGAAGCUACAAGCACAAGCUGUCCUUAGUGAUGAAGACAAAGCAAAACUAACGAAACUGAAAAGGAAAAUGAAGCUCAAGGCAAGAAAUAAGAGGAAAGAGGCCACCAAGGCAAAAGCGCAGUGGCGGCGUGUGACGGACAAUGACACAUUGGAUGCUGAAGCAAGGGAGCCACCUGUAAAGAGGCGCCAACGACGAAGAAGGAAGGCUGUUAGUACUGUGGAGGAAGAAGAGAGUAACGGCAGUUAUAAGGCACUGGAAAAGAAAGCACAGCUGCAGCAACGGCAGGAAGAGCGCAAGCGGCAGCAGCUGAUCUUGGAGGAACUGAAGAAACCCACUGAGGACAUGUGCAUCACUGACCAUCAGCCCAUGCCAGAGUUUUCCCACAUUCCUGGUCUGGUUUUGUCAGGACGCGCCUUCUCGGAUUGCCUUGUAGCAGUGGAGUUCUUGCACAGCUAUGGCAAGGUGCUAGGUUUGGACGUGGCACAUGAUGUACCCAACCUGAUCACAAUGCAGGAGGGCCUGAUGAAUGUAACGGACAGUCUGGGUAGACUUCUUGACCUGCUGGCCAAACUGCUUCAGGUGGCACUUCGUGACCCUGGACUACCUCAGUAUUACCAGUCUGUGAAAAUCCUAGGAGAGAGAAUUGUGGAUUUAACAUCGAACCGCAGCACUGUGUCGGAGACCCUGCGGAUUUUCCUGGAGGUGUAUGGGUAUGACGCAGACGUUUGUGACCAUCUCAGGACACAGCCAUUCCAAUCUCUUCAUCCAGAGAAGAAGGCUGCUAUUUUGGCAUUUGUUGUUAAUGAACUCAAUGGCAGCAAUCUGGUCAUCAGUGAAAUUGAUAAGACGCUGGAGAACAUGGCAACGUACCGAAAGAACAAGUGGAUCAUUGAAGGCAAGUUGCGCAGGCUCAGAAUGGCUCUAGCCAAGAGAACCGGCUGCACAGAGCUUCAGGCAUCCCUGGACGAUCGACGCCGGAGCACACGCAUCACCGAGGACGAGAACGCUGCCCUAGAAGAAGCGGUGCUGUUGGGCGAGUGCAGGGGAAGUGGAAGGAAGGAAGAACCAAGCGAGGGUGAGAGCCCCUCGACGGCCAGUAUUCCUGAACUGGAGCGUCAGAUCGACAAACUCACCAAGCGGCAGAUCUUCUUCCGAAAGAAACUGCAGCAUAACUCUCAGACCCUGCGUGCCUUGUCCCUGGGCCAGGACAGAUACCGCAGACGCUACUGGGUCCUGCCUCAUGUCGGUGGUGUCCUUGUUGAAGGAUCAGAGGAGACAGCAGCUCCUGAAGAUCCUUUCAUCAAGGAGGAGUGUCUGCGUUUCUCAGUUCCAGUCAUCUCCCCAAUCAAGGAGGAGCCGCUGCCUGAGCCCCCUCCACCGCCACCUCCGAUCCCUUCAGACGAGCCAGAGUGGGACACCAGCGUGUCUCUGAUGAGCCAGUCCAGGAGUCGUGGCCGUCCCAGGAAGAUCAAGCCCGAGGUGGAACUGCACCUGAAGAUGGCCAAAGCCCGUAGGCGGCGACGACGGCGUCCCAGUACAAACAGUGCAACGCAGCCCAACCCCAUCCAGGCGGCAAGUUACCCGAGCCAGCAGGAUCUCAACCAGUCGGCCUUCAUCUCCUGGCUUAACCAAUCCCAGAGCGGUGUGGCGAGCGAUAGUAACACACUAGAGCCGGUGAAGGAUGAGGCUGAGACAUCAGGCCAUUGGUUUAAUCUCCUUCCAAAGACGCCGUGUGACGACUCCUCGCUCUCUCAGCCGUGUCCCGCCACUCUGCAGGCUUCUGGCAUGACAGAGGCGAUGCUGGACCCGCAGUGCACCUCCUCGACACCUUCAGAGAAGCCCCAGCAGCCUUGGAGAAGGGGGGGCCUGCAGAGAAGAAGGGGGCGUCCGCCUUCCAAGUUCUUGAGGCAGAUUGAGCACAAGUACUUCACGCAGCUCGUUCCACAGGCCGUCCCACCAGACAUGACAGGGGGCUGGUGGUGGAUCCAAGGCCAAGAGGAGAUCACAGCUCUGCUCCAGGCGCUGCAUCUGCGAGGCAUUAGGGAGAGGGUGCUUCACAAACAUCUCACCAAGCACGCCGAGUACCUGAGGGAGAUCUGCAACCGGCCCAAGAGUGACCCCAUCUUUCACAAAGCCGCUGAUGAAGAUGGCCAGGUGUCACAUGAUGCUGUGCUGCAGUGGUCGGUGACCCAGAGGGCACUGGCUGUGGAUCUCGAGGUGCUUCGUUGGGUUGAGGACCUUGAGCAGAGGGUUUUUGCUUCGGAUUUGCAAGUAAAGGGUUGGACAUGUCCAGAGCCCGACUCCGUCAGAGAAGACCUGCGUUACUUCGAACACCACGUCGAGCCGCUGGAUGACUGGAUUAUCAAGACCAAAAAGGAGGUGCUGGACUAUCUUCGAGUGCCCACCCAUCCACUGGAUCUGGCUGUCCAAAGGCUGGCAGCGCUUGAACGCAACAUUGAGAGGCGCUACCUGAAGGAGCCGCUGUGGAACGUCAAUGACGUCAUCCUGGAUAAAGCAGUGACACUGACGGGCCAAGACACCGAUGUGACCGCCGGCCUUGAGAGUUUCGAGCAGGGCAUGACUGCACGGCUGAGGGUCUGGAGGCAGAGUGUGGAGCGAUGUCGAAGUGGGGCUCAGCUGGCGCUGUGCAUCCUGCAGCUGGAGCGGACCAUUGCCUGGGAGCGCUCGGUGGUCAAAGUGACGUGCCUGAUGUGCCGCAAGGGGGACGACGACGAGUGCCUCCUACUGUGCGACGGCUGUGACCGCGGCUGCCAUACCUACUGCUUGCGGCCCAAGAUUGUUGCUGUGCCAGAGGGCGACUGGUUUUGCCCCGUUUGUGUGGCAAAGGCAAAUGGUGAAUCACCCAGAAAAAAACUGCAGCGUAGCCACAGGCGGAAAAAAUGUUACGAUGGCUUCACGUCGGGCAGCUCAGAGGACGAGGACGGCCCCAGGCGUGGCAGCGGCAGCUCUCGGAGGCGCGAAAACCCCUACUCCCGUUUCUCAGUGGACUAUGGAUCCUCCCCAGCCAAACGCCGGAGGAUGAGCACCCGCAACCAGCCGGACCUGACCUACUGCGAGAUUAUCCUAAUGGAGAUGGAGUCGCACGACGAUGCCUGGCCCUUCCUGGAGCCCGUCAAUCCCCGCCUGGUGCUGGGCUACAGGAAGAUCGUCAAGAACCCCAUGGACUUUCUGACGAUGCGCGAGAAGCUGCUGCGUGGCGGGUACUGCAGUUGUGAAGAGUUUGCCGCCGACGCGCAGCUGGUCUUUGACAACUGUCAGCUCUUCAACGAGGACACGUCCGCAGUUGGCAUGGCGGGUCACUCACUGCGCAAGUUUUUCGAGAGCCGCUGGCUUGAGUUCUACCAGGGAAAAGGGCAGGACAAGUGACGAUGGCACUGCCGUGCCCAGGGGACUGCUGUGCAGAUACUACUGCUGGAGGCCGAGGGCGGCCUUGUAAGGUGGAUAGCGUUAAUAUAGCGCCUGACUGACAGACCGUCGGCUGGCUGCUUUAUCUAUCUGUAUAUAAGAUGAGAAGUCGUCACGUCGCGUCACGUCACGUGGUGCCAGGGUUAUUUAAUAGCAAUAGUCACGUCUAGAGGCCAGUAGAUGACGAGGCACCAGCCACACGUGGCUCUGGGAUCACGAGGUCUCUGACUUUUCUAUUAGCAGGCGUGGUGUUCUCGUGCAUUUUUAAUAAUGUACAGUUUUUGUGACUUAAAUUUAUUCCUUUCUAUAUUUUUAGGACCAAUAUAUCGUUUUUAAAGAAGUUUAAGCCCGUUGUUCUAAUGUAACAGCCAUGCAUCUGUAGAUCGUACUGUGAGCUGAAUAAAGUCAUCCAGUAGAGCAA